AUGGCAGUGAAUCGGGGAUCCGAGCGGAGCACAGCCGACUCAAGGAAGAAGACGAAAGGGGGGCAAGGUCAGGCGGUUAAAAUGGCCAUUGAGCAGAAUGCCAAUUUGGCUCUGAAGGCUGUCGUGGAGAUGGACGCAUCCCUCAAGAAGGAUUUGAAGGGUGUAAAGGGGGCGAUUCAGAGUGGGAUAAAAAAUGUGAUUGACAACUUGGGAGUUUUGACGUUGAAUGAGAAUGUGAAGAGUGAUUUGGGGACGUUGAGGGGGAAGAUUAGUGAUCUAAAAGAUAAAGUUGAACAACCUGAUAGUAUUGUUAAAGGUGAGUUGGAUGCGCUUGCAGCGAAGAAGAGUGAGUUGGAUAAUGGUGCUGUAAAGCAAAUUCAGACGGAGACGAAUACAAAUCUUGAACAGAAUUUUAAGAAUCAUAUCCAGAGUGAGCUUGACAGGAAAGUCAGUGCAGUUGACACGGCGAUUGGGGCGCUUGGCGGGAAUUUUACUGGGAUAAAAAGCGCUGAUGAUCAAAAGAAACUUCAAGGCAUUUUCGAGUAUAUUAAACAGCAGGUUGGGGAAAUUAAGGGGAAGGAAGGACGUAAAGGUGGAAAUGGUAAAUGGGCAGACACAGGCUCAGCUUUAGAGGGCAUUAAGAAUGCGGUGCAGCAAUAUGCCACGGACGUUUUCGAAAAUAUGCGAGAGAGCACAAUGGAUGACUGGCUUCCUAAAAUUUUGGGGGACAGUGAGAAGAAUGAUCCGGUUAAGCAACCAAUUAAGAGGUGGAUUGAGAAGGGUGUUAACGGGAACUCGGGGCAUUCAAACGUUUCGCCUAACAUUGCAAAGACAAUGCGUCUGACCAUUAAGGACCAGAUUAAGAAGAAGCUUGUGAGCGCCGUUUAUGAGGAAGCUAAGUCACAGUCCAGCUUUUUCGGCAAAACCACUGGCAAUGUGGAAAAUGAUUUGAAAGAACUCAAGACAUUUCUGGAGGAAUACGCGAAGAAGCUUGAUAAGCAACUUGAGCCAUCCGGUGAUAGUAGCAGCACAUUUGUCUCAGAGAUAGUCAAGGAGGUUGAGGUUGCAGUUAAGAAUCAGGCAUCCGGCCAAACUACUGACAAGAGUGUUCUCACAUUCGCCGUCGAAGCGAUCCUUGUUGCCAUCGUGGCCAAAACCCGGCGUGCUGCCGGCGAGAUCCAAUCUCUACUUCUCGGCACCAGGGUGGGCGAUAAAAAGAACGGCGGAUCGAAAACCAGCAUCGCAAAAGCGUUAGAUAAUGCUUUAAAGACGGCAAGAGAGCUUCACGGUCAGCUUACCGUGGCAACAGAAACUCCUAAAGGCCUUCCCGUCCAACCCGAAAGCCCCGCCCAAGCCGUGGACAAGAGGUUGGAGGCGGUGAGGGAUAUGGUGACAGAUGAGAUUGCCGGCACAUUCACUUCCAAAGUCAAACAACCACUUGCCGAUGCAGUCUCCCAACUUCCAAACGCCGUUGACACAUUCAACACGAACGCUGUAGGCCAGAUCAAGGAAGCCGCCAAGAAGGCGAUUACAGCGGCGGCCUUGAGACAGUCCCAGUCGGGGCAGUGGCGAUGUGGCUUGGAGAGGGCGGAGCCCAGCUUGGACAAGUCUGAAGGCGCAUCAUGA